CUAAAACACUUUACCCUUUCAUCAUUUUAUUUUUUGUCACAUAUUCUCUAGGCCAUACUCUUUUUUCAUAUUAGGAUUAUAAUUUUUAUCUAUCAAUAACAUCAUAUGAUUAUAUUGAAAGAUUGUUUAGGGUUUUAUGCUAUAUAAUAUAAAAAAUAAUUUUUAUUAAAUAUAGCAUAUAUUGAAAAAUUAUGUUUAAAAUAGUGAUUAAAAUGAUUUAUAAAUCAUAAUAAUACCUUAAGGGGCAAGUAGCUCUGCAACUUUAGGUGGGUGUUUGAAACGUAAAUUAUUUUUAUAAUUCUAUUUUUAAUAAAUAUAUAUAUUUUUUUAAAGCAGAGAGAGAUUAAAUAAAAAGACAUUAUAGAGGUCAUGCCAUGCCGUAAAAAUGAAAAGUUUACGGUCAAAAUAUAAAGACAGAAAAUACAAUUUCCGUCCGACCUUCAAUAGGGAGCUGAUGUCAUCGCCGGCGGAUACACGGCCUGCAUUUCUUCACCUCGUUCUCUACGUUCCACUGAAAUCGCCCCGCGUCGCCUCCGGCGUAACUUAGCAUCCGCCGCCGCCGCCGCCGCCACCACUACCACCACAAACCCUUUAUAUUUAAAUAUUAGGACUAUGGAGAACCAGAGGGCGCCCAGCGCACCCCGGUCCCUCCGGCCCCGCCACGGCGGCGGCAGCGGGGGAGGUGGCCGGGAAGAUUGCUGGAGCGAUGUCGCCACCGAAACCCUGAUCGAAGCAUGGGGGGACCGUUAUGUGAAGUUCAACCGAGGGAACCUUCGGCAAAAAGACUGGAAGGAAAUCGCCGGCGCAGUCAACAGCCGUCACGGCGGCGCGAUUCGCCGGAAAACUGACGUCCAGUGCAAGAACCGUAUCGACACCUUAAAGAAGAAGUACAAGCUCGAGAAAGCGAAGCCCACGCCGUCAAAGUGGCCGUUUUAUUACCGUCUUAACUCUCUCAUCGGCACUAACGCCCUCACUCUCACAGUUAGGGCUUCCAACCAAAAACCAAACCCUAACCCUAACCCUAAGACCUUAGUUCAUUCAAGGGCGUAUCGGUCAAAGUCGAAAUUGAACUCAGGUGGAUCCAUCGAGGGCUCAUUUAGUGGUGAUGAAGAUGAUGAAUUAGGGUUUGAUGGUAGUUUGAGGAAGCUUCCCAUGGAUUCCGCUGAUUUUUCCGGUGAGGCGGCCUGCCGGGAGUUGGCGAGAUCCAUUCUCAAGUUUGGAGAAAUAUACGAGAGAAUUGAGAGCUCCAAGCAGCAGCAGAUAAUGGAGUUGGAAAAGCAAAGGAUGGAGUUAACAAAGGAUGUUGAGCUCCAAAGGAUGAACAUGUAUAUGGAAGCUCAACUUGAGCUCCAGAGAAUGAAGCGCACUGCAGGGAAGAAGCCAUAGUCAGAUGGCAUGAACACCCUCAAUCUAGGGGGAGGACUGUCCAAGAAAGAUAUUUCCAUGGAGACUCUUUCAGCAUCUGAAUCACAAAAACAAACAAUCCCUGGCAAGGGUUUUACACAGAGUUGCAUAUUUGGAGCAUUUCUGGGUGUCAUUCAUUGGUUAAAUCCCUUUCUGGUGAAACCCAUAUUGUAUCUUUCACUUUCAUGUUUAUUGUAAAUGGUCAGUUGUGUCACUACAGAGAUUUCUUGCGGUUCUAUUGUUCUGAAGUGCAACUCAAUAUCUUGUAUCACUUUUUGCAUGUAAAAAAUGGAAAUUAGAACCCUUGAUGCUGUAA